AUGAAGGGCACGUUCCAACUGCACGAAACCAGCCAGACGGAGCACGAGAUGUGUCAGUAUCUGGAGUGGGAGCUCCAUGUGGAUCCAGUGACAUUUAGGGAGUUUGAGGACAUGGUCAAGAAGUAUUUGGUAUGUCAACAACUUUACCCUUCUCACAUUCUUCCCUCAUCAUCCCAGACAACAACUCCUCCUACCACAAAUCCCUUCCUGCCUCCUCCAGCCACUUUGGCAUCUACACCUACAUAUGGUCAUUGUUAUCCUUCACUGCCAAAGCCUGAUUCCCCUCUGCCCAACUCUUCCUACAGCACACCACCCACAUUGUUAUCAUCAGCGGCAUCUCCUCCAACACCCCCAAGUAUGGAGGACUGCACGGCUCACAUCGUUUCAGCUUCCAGGUAUCCCAAAAUCCCCCACCCAGCUCUUCCUACAUCACACCACCCACAUUGCUGUCAUCAAUGGCAUCUCCUCCAACACCCCCAGGUAUUGAGGACUGUCCGGCUCACAUCAUUUUAG